UUUAUAUUUAUUUUAUUUUAACAAUUUUAUGUAUGUUUUAUUACAAUAUUUGUAAUGUUUUUUUAUUUGUAUUAUAUUUAACUAAUUUAAACUCAUUUAAAAAUGAAGUGAUUUAAUACGUUUUAGCAAAUUAUCAUAAAACUAGUUUUUAAAGAUGUGGAUGGGCAAAAUCGGCAAUAAAUCUGCCGCUUUCAUUCGGCACAAGCACUUUCAUCCAGGGACUUAUCAGAACAUGGAGAAGGUUUGGCUGGCUGAAGAGAAGCAGAAGGCUGAGGAGAGGCGGCAGAAGGAGAUGAAGGAGAAGCGUGAAGAGGAGCUGAAAACUCUUGAGAUUAAACGCCAGAUUAGGGAGCAGGAGGAGCUUAAGAGGAUGGAGAUGAUUCUUGAGGAGAAAAGGAAUAAAUAUAAAGUUGAUCGCAAUUUCGUAUCUGAAAAUCAGUCUGGUUUAAUUUUAACCGGUCCUGCUACCUCUUCCACUUCUCCCACUCCUAAGUCUACUAAUAAGGAGGAAAAGAAAUUAGUUAUAAGAUCGCAAUAUAAUGAGGAUGUGUUAAAGAACGGCCACACUACAGUUUUUGGAAGUUACUAUGACAGAGAUAAGAAGAGCUGGGGCUACAAGUGCUGUAAACUCACUGAAAAGGAGGCCAAAUGUCCUGAAGCAAAACCAAAAUAUAAACGAAAGAACCCUGACUCUGAAACCGCUGACCGUAACUCCAAUAAACAGGCAAAAAAGUCUGCUAAUCAAGGCUCUGGCCUCACCGAUUCACUAAAACUUUUAAAGCAGAUGGACGCCCUGGAAUAAUAUUUUAAAAUACAUUA